GAUUUCAUUUCCACCACCCCCCACAGCUUCACCACCAGAACUGCCAUAUAGUACAUUACCUAAAGCUGAUUUUAACCAGCAAAAGACUGUUCCAACUCUCUUAUCAGUUACAGCAACUCACCUGAACCCCCAGAAAAUAUGGCUGGUGUGACUGUAAUACCAGCUGUAACCCCAACACACAAAUCACCACCCCCUGUCCCCCCCAAACCUGUCUGUAUUCCCCCAGGAUUGGUAUUUAGUCACAGAUCAAGAGAGAGUGUAAAGCCACCAGUUAGCCCCGAACCAGUAGUUGUUCAAGCAGUUCGUGCUGCAACAUUGCCAAGAACAAGAGAACCUCCAAAUGCAUUGUCACUAAGUUUGACUGCCCCUGUUGAGACCAAGUACAGUGCUUCAUCACCAAAAUCGCCCUUGUCACCCAGAUUUGCUAGAACUCUUGAAACAUAUGUGGUGAUAACAUUACCCUCAGAACCAGGAUCACCUGUGGAAGGCAUUACAACUCAAGCACAUAUGAGAAGAUCAUCACUGCCAACUCCCAGGCAGCAGGUUCCAUCUGAUCCUCCAAGAGUGUUUGUUCCAGCUGUAGUGGAUGCACCUGUAUCAUUAAUUUCAGCACAAAUUGUAGCAGCUCCACCAAAGGGUAUCUCAGCUUUAAAUGCAGCAGUGCCCUGUGUGGUGAAGGCCCCUGACUUUGCUUCAGUCACAAUGGAAACUCAUAUCACUCCAGCUGUGGAUUCAACACAAAGUAUUGCAGCACCUUGUGUAACGGUUCCAGAGAUGCCACUUGCUUCUGUACAAACAUCAGUUUCAGCACCUCUUGUUGUGCCAUCAUCAGAAGUAGCACAGACUAUGAAUGUUCUUUCUCAUGUCACAAUGGAGAAUACAACACACUUCCCAUCUGUGAAUAUAACACCACAUGAUAGAGCACCAGUUGUAAUGGCAUCUUCUGCUUUGAUUUCAGCAGCACCUGUUGCAGAAGCAGCAGCACCACCACCACCACCACCCAUUGCUAUGGGACCAACAGCAUAUCCAGCAAUGAUGUACAGCGCACAUUCCAUGGUUUCUAAUCUUCCCAUGCCUUCAGCCUCAGUGGUGAAUACAUCAAAACCAUCAGCAGAGGUACCAGUAGCCUUAACCCCAGUGUCAGGAGUUUCUGCUGAGUCUGUUGCUCAGCAUACAGUGAGUGAUGUACGACAAGAACUUGAGAUGCAACAAAUGCUAACAACAUAUUCUGUACCAAUAACAAUAACCCAGAUUCCAAUCCCAGCUCAGAAUGAAGACAUUCCUGGUUUGGAUAUGGAAGAAGUACUAAUAGUCUCAGCUACAGAAGAGGCUUUGACUGACAUGGAUCCCUCACCAGUUCCAAUAAAACGGCUUCAAGAGCAGCAAACAGUUUAUGAGCAAAAACAAGAAACUCCAGUAGUGACUUCUGCAACAUCUGUGCCACCAUUACCAGUCACAUUUACCCAAUUUACAAAAUCUAUCGAGAGUCAAGAAAUACGUGGACAAGAUAAGGUUAUAUCAAGCAUGAGCCAAGUCUAUUCUGCAAUCUCAACAACUGAGCAGCAUCCUGAUACAUUGCCUAAUCUUGUAACCCAAGUUGUCACAACUGAAGUGCAAAGAACAACUGUGUCAGUUGUCCAGGAAAGGAUUCCUGUAGAACCCAUACCUGAACCUGUGAGUGCUACAGUCACAGUCCAGCCAGAAGAUCAUUUUAAGCCCAAACAGAAUGGAAAAAUACACUACCCUGGUGAUGUUAUAGAUCUUACUACUUUUAAAGUGAAUGUUACAAUGACUGAUCAAGGGAUGGAUCUUACAGCCCCAGAUUCAAGUAGGUCUUCCUUGUCAAGUGAAUCAAGUGGACGACAGGCCACAGCUGUACAGCCUGAAAUAGUGAAUCUUAGUGCUGAAAUAAUCCCUACUACAACACUCUCUGUUGUAACUGAUAGCAUAACAAUUGUCACUUGCACAGCUACAAUUGCCUACAACAACAACAACACAGUUGACAAGCCUCUAGACCUGGGAAAUGCUACUUCAGUGCCUCUUCCACUUACCACAUACAAUCCAUUUGAGCCACUUGCACAGAUAGUGUACAGACCUGUGAAUUCUCAACCUAAGCCACCAACCAGUGCAGAGAUUCCUAUUAACCUGUCCUACAGAGCUGUUGCAAGCACAGCUUCUCCUCUAAUGCCUGUUCCUGUAAAUGCCACUGCUGGUAUGCCAAUGUAUACAGAGCCAUCAGCAGUUGGACCUGUUGACCUCACCACUUCUAAGACAAUGAAAACUAUGGUUGCUUUGUCCUCAUCUUCUGGAGUGAUCACAACUGUUGUGGAAGAUGAUGGUACACCAGUUGAUCUUACAUCUGGAAGACAAACUGUUUGCUGUGAUGUAAUCUACAGGCUUCCUUUCACAGGAAGCUGCAGAACACAGCCACCUGUGACCACACAACCAGACAAUCAAAUUGGCUAUCAAAUUAAUAUUGCCACAACACCUGUCAUUGAAGAUCUCAGUACCAUGAAGGCUUCGAUAUCAGACAGUAAUUUCAGAGAAACUGGGUUCUUUGGGUAUGAAAGGAAGAAUGGAUUCACCUAUCAGAAUGGGGCAUCUGAGGGGGCUAUAGAUUUGACAUCAGCUAAAAUGUCAACAGAAGAAGCCUUAGACUUCUCAAAGAAAGGCACUUUGGCAUUUACCGGGAUCACCACUACUCCAUAUUCUCAAGGAACAUUGUUUGGCGUUAAUAGUUUGCUAAGAUCAACAAAUGGCAUUGUUUACUCAUCUGUUGCUGCACCCGUUCCCUCCACGUAUGCAAUUACUACCCAACCAGGUUCAAUAUUUAGCACAAUGUACAAUAGUCUGACUGAUUCUACGGAGCCAUUUUCAACACUUCAAAAUCAGCCUGCUCCAUAUGGAUUUGUAAACACCACAGGCACAGACCAAUCAAUAUUCCCACAAUCUGAUAUAUCAAAUGAUAUCCUACCUUCUGCAUUAGCCAGUCUCCUUCCCUCAUUGACAGCCUUCCCUGAGCUCUACUCAGAUGCUACACUUGAGGCAAUAGCAGCCUCCCUGGAUACGUUGGUAUCGCCAAAUUUCCCUGAUCUAGAUGACAGCAAGAGCCAGCAGUACAAGGCUGAACAUGAGUUUUUACAGUUAGAGAAGUUGAAGCAGCUGUGUCUAGCUGAAGAGCUUGAAUGGGAGAGACAAGAGAUACAGCGUUACCGUGAACAAGAGCAGAUCAUUGUCCAGAAGGAGCUGGAGGAGCUUCAGAACAUGAAGCAGCAACUUCUAAUGCAGAAAGAAGAGGAACGCAAAGCCCAUCUGAUUCUUCAACAAGAAACCUUUGCACAGCAGCAACUUCAGUUACAGCAAAUCCAUCGAUUACAGCAGCAACUCCAACAACAACUAGAAGAGCAAAAGAUACACCCAUAUGGGUUUAGGCCAAGUGAGGGUAUGUCCCCACCCAUGAGCUCAGACAUUAUUCUUGACUCAAAAUAUUCUGGGGGAGAUAAUGGACAGUACUGGCCAGUGAAGGAUGACAACUCAACAUCAUCUGCAGUGUCCACCCAUGACUCUACAUCAGGUCAAAACUGGCUAACAACAACCUCUGGGGCUUUUUCACAGUAUAGUUCAAACAUUCCUGUAUCAGUGAGUGCACAGACAAAGGAGCAGUUGCAGUUGUCCACAAAUCUGCCAGAUACAGCCAAGACAGAGCAAAGUGUAGGGAUAAGUGGUAAGAAAUUGGUUGAAAGUGGUGUUCAAACAGAUGAUGAAGAUGGUAUUGAGAAGAUUCCUUCUGGUAGAAGGAGAAGAAGUAGGAGAAGCGUAGAUAGCUGUAUGCAAACUGAUGAUGAAGAUCAGGAUGAGUGGGACGUCCCCAUUCGGAGCAGACGCAGGUCUCGUUCCAGUAGAUAUGCUGAUGGAGAGAAGGGUAAAAGCUCCAAGGUAUCAAGUAUUGCAAUUCAGACUGUAGCAGAGAUUUCAGUUCAGACAGAGCAUUCAGGGACAAUUAGGAGAUCUCCUGUUCGGGCUCAGGUGGACACAAAGGUAGAUUUACACAGAGAGGGUCAAACAGAAAGCGAUUCAGAUAUUACAUCAGAUAAAGAUAAAAGACGUCCAGCGCCUGCUGAAGUAAGUGUUAGCACACACCUGACAGCUGAUGAUGUUGGAAGCUCAUUAGUUACCAAAUCUCCGAAGGUAUUAUGCUCCCCAGUUUCACCACUGUCCCCUGGGAAAAGCUCACAGAAGAUGCUUACUGCUGAUUCAUCAAGGCAUCUCAGUAGUCCAAGAUCACUAAGGGCCUCACAACGAUCUCUGUCUGACCCUAAAUCACUCAGUCCGACAACUGAGGACAGAAUGAUGUACCAGUACUCAGACACCUAUUCAAGCAAAGGUUCUCAGAGUGGCACACCAGUUGGCACUCAGAAGAAAGUAAAACGCACACUACCUCAUCCACCACCGGAAGAAGAUACCAUCAUUGGCCUCUCUGGGUACACCACUGCUUCUGCCAGAAGAAGAAUGUGCAGGAACACCACUAUGGCGCGGGCCAAAAUCCUCCAAGACAUAGACAAAGAGCUGGAUUUAGUUGAACGUGAGUCCUCAAAACUUCGUAAGAUUCAGGCAGAACUUGAUGAGGAGGAGAAAGAGAUAGAUGCUAAAUUGAGAUAUCUGGAGAUGGGUAUAAAUCGAAGAAAAGAGGCUUUACUGAAAGAGAGAGAGAAGAGGGAGAGAGCCUACUUACAAGGAGUGGCAGAAGAGCGAGACUACAUGUCAGAUAGUGAGGUCAGCAACAUCAGAGAGUCACGAGGUAAUGGUCAUGGACUAGAACGGCCACGGACUGCCCCACAGUCAGAGUUUAACCAGUUCAUCCCACCACAGACUGAGGCUGAGCCCCAGUAUGCACAGCUUACAAGCCCAUACUCCCAUUAUCAGUAUGCAUCCCAAACAAGUCAGUAUCCUCAGCAGACGUUGUACCAACAGCAGUCUCUUUACCAUCAGCAAGUGUCCCCCUACCAAUCCAUCUACUCAUCAGUGCCCUCACUCAAUCAGCAGUCCCAGCAGACUGGCUAUGACCAUUCCUCACUCCUUCUGAUGCAACAGAAACCCCGUCAGUCUACUUUGUCUGACUUAGAGCCAAAGAUUACUACAAACUAUGAGGUCGUACGCAACCAGCCCCUCUUAAUUGUCCCUACAUCCACAGAGAGUGUCUAUGGAGUUUCCCAUCUCGGUGGUAAAUACAGUAGCCUUGAUCUGAGGAUGGGUCUGGAAGAGAGAGCCAGCAUGGCCAGCAGCCCCAUGUCCAGCAUAUCAGCCGAGUCCUUCUAUGCAGACCUCGAUCAUCACAAUGCCAGGAACUAUGUCCUGAUUGAUGACAUUGGUGAACUCACAAAGAGCUCCACUGGCCUCAGUUCAAGCUUCAGUAUUGCCGAUAAGGAUAUCAGCAAAGCUGACCGACUUCUCCGGACUGCUGAUGUUCGACGAACAGCAGAUGUGGCAGACUUUCUCGGUCCUCUUCAGGCUGCUUCCCGGCUGCAUUCGUAUGGUAAAGCUGACGAUGAUUCCAUGGAGGAGCCAUAUGAAUUGAAGAUGUUGAAACAGCAAAUUAAGCAGGAAUUCAGACGAGGUACAGAUAGCCUUGAACAGCUUACAGGCCUGCCUCACUACCUCCACUCUGACACUAGUUUUAGACAUUUCCCUAAAGCUGAAAAAUAUAGCAUUGGGAGACUAACUUUAGAAAAGCAAGCUGCCAAGCAACUGCCUGCCUCAGUUCUUUACCAGAAACAGUUAAAGAAUAAAAAAGCACUAAUUGACCCCAAAAUUACGAAGUUUUCACCCAUUCAAGAGAGCAGGGACCUUGAACUAGACUACAGCAGCUUUUUGGCGUCAGCCAGCUCAUCUGUUGGUGGAUUGUCUGCCAGGGCAAGGCUCCUGCAGGAUGAGAUCACAUUUGGUCUUAGAAAGAACCUAGCAGAGCAACAGAAAUAUUUGGGUUCAGCUAUUAAUGCUAACCUGGCUCAGUCAAUCAACUUUGGCCAAUCUCUCAACAUAGGGCCUACCAUAAGGUCUUCCCUCCACGAUGAUGGCACCUAUCCCAGCGGCACUCGGUCAAGACCUUCCUCUAGGCCUUCCUCUGUAUAUGGACUGGACCUAUCUAUCAAAAGAGACUUAUCAAAUUCCUCACUACGCCUGAAAACAGAGGGUGAGGGCAUGGAUUCACAGUUUGUAUCUAGGGCUAAACCAACAAGUCUGCCAAUUAGUCAGAGCAGGGGUCGAAUUCCCAUUGUUGCGCAAAACUCAGAAGAGGAGAGUCCACUGAGUCCUGUUGGUCAGCCCAUGGGCAUGGCCAGAGCAUCUGCAGGCCCACUCCCACCCAUCUCAGCAGACUCAAGGGACCAGUUUGGCUCCAGUCACUCUCUUCCAGAAGUCCAACAGCACAUGAGAGAGGAGUCCAGGACAAGUGGCUAUGAACGAGACAUUGCCUUUAUAAAGGAUGACCUUCAGGGGGCCAUGUCAGAUAGUGAAGCUGGAGGUCCUAGCUGGAAUGUGAAAGCAUAUCACCUUCAGCAUGAAGAGACGGACUGGUUUGACAAACCCCGCCAGGGACGCGGUGGACCAGAGGCCGGGCCAGACAGAAGACAGAUAAAAGGCAGCUAUUACCCCUUCCCACACACUCGUAUCAAACUGCAAAGGGACCCCAAGGACCACAGCAUCUCAGGGAGAGGGCUGGGAAUCAGAGUUGUGGGCGGAAAAGAGAUUCCAGGGACCAAUGGAGAGAUCGGAGCCUAUAUCGCCAGGGUUUCGACAGGAGGAUGUGCUGAGCAAACGGGAAAAGUUGUUGAAGGAAUGCAGGUUCUGGAGUGGAAUGGAAUCUCUCUGCUUGGAAAGACAUAUGAAGAGGUGCAAAGCAUUGUGGGUCAGCAGUAUGGAGAGGCAGAAAUAUGUGUGCGCCUAGACCUAAACAUGCUCUCCAACACAGAGCACCCGCAACAACUGGAACUCCAUACUCAGCUGAGAGCUGGUGAGCGUCAGCGCUCUCCAGGUGUAGACCCAAAGCAGCUGGCUGCAGAGCUGCAGAAGGUAUCCCAACAGCAGGCUCCUGGCUCCGUGCUGUCUGCUCUGGAGAGAGCGGGACACUUGCACUCUGGCACCGGAUCUGCCGCUUCUAGUGGGGUCCCCAGCCCAGGGCAACCCGGGUCCCCUUCCGUCAACAAGAAGCGUCAUAGUAGCAAGUCAGCAGAGGUUCUGAAGCCACAACCGCAUCCAAUCACUGGUGAAAUACAACUUCAAAUCAACUAUGACAGGAAUAUGGGCAACCUGAUUGUACAUGUGCUGCAAGCAAGAAACCUUGCUCCUAGAGAAAACAAUGGAUACACAGACCCUUUCGUUAAGGUCUAUCUCUUGCCAGGGAGAGGACAAGUCAUGGUUGUCCAGAACGCAAGUGCUGAGAACAAGAGAAGGACUAAAUAUAUCCAGAAGACUCAGAACCCAGAGUGGAACCAGACAGUCAUUUAUAAAAACAUCCAUCUGGAGCAGCUGAAGAAGAAAACUCUGGAGGUUACUGUGUGGGAUUAUGACAGAUAUUCCUCAAAUGAUUUCCUGGGAGAAGUGCUCAUUGAUCUUUCAAACACGACUCAGCUGGAUAACACACCUCGCUGGCACCCCCUAAAGGAGCAAAGUGAGAGUAUUCACCAUGGAAGAACCCACCCUCCACAGGGACCCGGUGGAUCUGGGGGACUUGGAGGUCAGGGUGGCCCUGGAAGUCAGGGAGGUCCUGGAGGGCCAGGAGGUUCUGGAGGUCAAGGAGGGCAACCGGGGAACCAGCAGUCCCCUAAAACCUCUGUCAUCAAGAGCCGAAGUCACGGCAUUUUCCCUGACCCUGCUAAAGACACACAGGUCCCUACAAUAGAAAAGUCUCACAGUAGUCCCGGCAGCUCCAAAUCUUCCUCUGAGGGUCACUUGCGUUCCCACGGCCCCUCACGCAGCCAGAGCAAAGGCAGCGUCACCCAAGCACACCUGGAAGAAGCCGGGAACGCCAUCGCUGCAGCCGAGGCUGCGGUGCAACAGUCCCGACUCCAGCCAAAUAAAACAAACCACAGAAUGAUUGAUGGGGAUGGAUACACUCUGGACAGCGAAGAUGCCAUGGGCACUAAUGCUGUGGACAGCGCCAUAUUUCAGGUCCCUCAGCUGAAAAACAUUCCUAAUGGGACAGAUAAAAGCAGAGGACUUGAAUCUUUGAACCUGCCAGAUUCGGAAGGUAAGAUGAUAGGUGAGAUCAAGGUUGCAUUGAAGAAGGAGAUGAAGACUGAAGGAGAGCAGCUGGUUCUUGAGAUCCUGCAGUGCAGAAACAUCACCUACAAAUUCAAAUCUCCAGACCACCUACCUGACUUGUAUGUAAAGCUUUAUGUGGUGAAUGUGGCAACUCAAAAGAGGAUCAUAAAGAAGAAGACCAGAGUGUGUCGCCAUGACAGAGAGCCAUCAUUCAAUGAGACAUUUCGUUUUAACCUGAAUCCCGUUGGCCACUCUAUUCAGCUGUUCCUGGUGUCAAAUGGAGGGAAGUUUAUGAAGAAGACCCUGAUUGGUGAGGCCUACAUCUGGCUGGACAAAGUGGACAUGCGUAAGCGGGCAGUCAGCUGGCACAAGCUAAUGGCCACCACCAAUCAAACGCAGCCAUAAUCAGACGCCCAUCCGUCUCCCAUCAGUACCCUCCAAAAAAAAGAGAGAAAUAAAACAGGAAACUGGGUUUGUCAAUCUGGAAUGGCUGACAGGAGAUGGAAAGAAAAAAUCAAGGUGAAGAAAUAAACUGACUACUGUGUCGAACAGUCCGUAGGGUGAGACUGCCGGUUUUCUAACUGAAAAGUGUAUUCCAAAUUCCCAACCAUUCCCAAUCAGGAUAUGUAAAUCCAUUUCCUCUCCCAGAGCACUGCUGUUGUCUUUUUGCGGGAGUCAUUUCUGCAACUACAUUCUACAUCUAAAAUAUCUUAGGCAUGGGCCAAUUAUUACUUGAGAUUUUCUACAUUUCAAUGCCAUUUCAGAUGUUAUCACAUGUUCAAGGUCAAAAAAAAAAAAAAAAACGAAAAAAAAAAACAUCAUUAACAUGAAGAUAAACGUAGCAUAAUUUAUGGUUCUUGACACAAUCAUAUGAUAUAUAUUGAUCAUAUCAGACUAUGUUAUGCACUGUAUGGAGGUUAUACUGUAAGGAAGAAAGACAAUCGUAAAUAUAAUGGAUUUCCGUUUUUGAAUGCAGCAUCCAACCGCGCACAAUUUAAGAUUCCUUCAUUUAUAUUGUCUUGAGUGUCGCCUUCAACGUUUAGGGAAUGUUGUGACUGACGUCAUUGACGUCACUGAAGUUGAGAUGAUCUGGUUUUCACACAAUCUUCUUGAUAUGUCGAGAAUGGCUGUUUGUUGGAUGCUAAAUGAGGGCGUACUUUGUUUUUUAGCAUCUCAAGCCCUCAAAUUAGGUUCUCUGAAAUUAAAGGGCAUCUAUUCUCUGUCCAGAAGUAUGAUUGUACGUGUCCGCAAUGUGUUUGUUUUAUGAAGAGCAUCUUGAAGUAAAUGUCAUGUUAGUGGUCAGAUGUUGUCAUCAAUAGUCUCCGUUUUGUGACCAAGUUGUAUGUGGAAUCCAAAUAUGCAAUGACAAAAAAAUACAUAUAUUAAUAAUAAUAAUUAAUGUACACCUUUUUGGCAUUUAUAUAAGGGUUUUGGCUCAAUUGGCUCGACUAAAAUCCAGAUGUAAUGUUUGUUGUUUAUUUGAAUGGUGCAAUGUCCUACGUCCCGUGUCACUGUUCCAUAGUGGUGCACUUUUUAAUAUUGUUUUUCUGCUGUAAAGUUCAUCUGUUCAUGUCAGUUUACCUAUGAAGGAUGGUUCUUUUUCAUUAUUAUCACUGCCUCUGCACCAUAUCAGUGUAUAGCUACACUAGUAUGUGCCAUUGAUGGAUAAAGGCACAUGUUUUUGUCUGUCUAGGUCUUGAAAACACCAUUCAGUAAUUUAACUUAAUGGUCAGUGUUUCCAUUAUCAAUAUCAGUGGACAUAUCUCACACAUGGAAACGGAGUGUUUUGUAACCUGGCUAAUAAAACGUACACCGACAUUUCCAUAUGAUUUAAUCUGCAUCUUGCACCGCUGGUGCACAGAUGUACCUGAAUUAAAGGUUGCUGUCAUAGUAAGAUAAACUAUUGUGUGCCAACCUGAUGUUUUAACCAAACCACUGGUUCUGUUUGGGUAAAUCUAUGCAACAUGGAUUAUGUUCUUUGAAUGCAUAUACCUUAACAUGCGACAUCCAGCGAGUGUCUGAAUAUAUGUAUAUCUGUUAAAGAAAACAAGAAAUUAAUUAUAUGAAUAUUGUAUAGUGUUUAUUUUUAUUUAUUUAUUUUUUACUUCCUCUUUAUGGCACAGUACAUAUUAAUAGUAUGCACUUUACAUUAUUGUUUUCAUAGGUUUCCAAAUGUCAUCAUAAAUAAUGACAAAAAAAUAUGCUAAGAUACCAGAAAAUUGGGAUUGGGAAACAUAAUGCAUAUUUUAUAUUGCGCAUAAUUAUGAUGGCCAAUCAAAACCUGUAAAGAGUGUCAUCAGGUUUUCACCUAGAGCAUCACACCUUUCAAAGUGUGAUUUUUUUUUUUUUUUUUUUUUUUUUUUUUCAGUUGUUCCCUUUAAACAAGCACAUUCAUUUCUUUUUGACUACUAAAUAUUAUCUUCUAUUCUUAUAUUACUCCAUUCCUUUUAAAAUCAUGAUGCGUUUGAUGAAUUCAGUUGCCGUAAACAGUGUGAAUGUGAUUUGGUUAUUUUAUUUAUUUAUUUAUUUGAUUUUGUAAAUAUAUAGGAUAUUUUCUACGAGAAGAGGUCUGAAUAUUUAUUUGACGUUGAGCAUGUGAUUGUGAUCAAGGUCAAACUAUGUCUGUACAUACUGUAUUUGUCUAAGUGUGUAAGAAAGUAAUAUCUGGAUUGGUUUAAAAUCAUAUGUUCGAUCCACCCAUUCCAACCUGUUUGAUGAAAUCAACAACAUCUCUCAGAAUGAAAAUGAAAAGAAAAAAAAAAAGAAAAAAAAAAAAGGAAAAAGACACAAAAUUUCCUGUCAAAUUGAAUGGUUGUCAAAGAAUUUCUAUGUUUUUACAUAGAUGUUGCAUGUUUUGUUAGAUGUUUGUUGAUAUAUUUUGCCUCCGGAUUCAGUUUAAAAAGAGAGAAAAAUUGAACACAUCAUCUGAAGUUGUAUGCCGACUGUAAAAAUGCUUGUAAAAUGAGUCUUGUUUUUCACUUCGUGUAAAAAAAAGUAGAAAAAAAUCUAAUGUUAUGGUUUUGUGGUUGUCCACAGGAUGUCAUGAAAUUAUGCAAAUUGUGCAGUAGAGAAAAGAUAAUAUAUGAAAAAUAAUGAAUAAAUAAAUAAAUAACUUUCUCCCUGCGUCCAAAUAAUAAAGAAUAGAUUUAUUUCAAAUGUGAAAA